CCAUUUUCUUUCCAUUCAGUCUUGUAGUACUUUUAUUCCUCCUCUCAUUUGUGGGAGAAACUAAAGCAGCUCAAUCUAAAAACAACAAUGGCGUUUAUAUUGUCUACAUGGGAGCUGCCUCUUCAACCAAUGGUUCUGUACUUCGAGAUGACCAUGCUAAACUUCUCAACUCUUUGUUUAGAAGGAAAGCAAAUGCACUGGUUCACACCUACAAGCACGGCUUCUCGGGGUUCGCGGCUCGUUUAUCGGAAGAGGAGGCUCAAUCGGUUGCGCAAAAGCCUGGUGUCGUAUCCGUUUUCCCCGAUCCACUGCUAAAGCUCCACACAACCCACUCGUGGGAUUUUCUUAAGCACCAAACUUCUGUGAAGAUCGACUCGGUUCCCAAAACCACAGACUCGAAUUCUUCUUCCGAUGGCUACGACACCAUAAUCGGCAUCUUGGACACCGGCAUUUGGCCCGAGUCCACCAGCUUCAACGACAACGGAAUAGGCCAAAUUCCACCUCGCUGGAAUGGGACUUGCACUGAAGGCCAUGAUUUCAAUUCCUCAAACUGUAACAGAAAAUUGAUUGGCGCGAGAUUUUACGGCGGAGAUGAUAGUGAUUCGGACGAGGACCAAACAGCGAGGGACAAGGUGGGCCACGGAACACACGUGGCGUCCACGGCGGCGGGAAGCACCGUCACCGGCGCGUCGUACUACGGCCUGGCGGCGGGGACGGCGAAGGGUGGGUCCCCCAGGUCGAGGAUCGCGAUGUACAGGGUUUGCACGGAGGACGGGUGUCUGGGAUCGGCGAUUCUGGCGGCGUUCGACGACGCCAUCUCCGACAAGGUCGACGUGCUGUCGCUGUCGCUCGGGUCGCCGGCGGUUUUUCGACCCGAUUUGGAUAACGAUCCGAUUGCGAUCGGGGCUUUCCAUGCGGUGGAGAAGGGGAUUACGGUGGUAUGCUCCGCAGGGAAUGAUGGCCCCUCGCCGGCAACGGUUAGCAACGCUGUGCCUUGGAUUUUGACCGUUGCUGCUACGACCAUUGACCGGGAUUUUGAAUCCGACGUCGUGCUGGGAGGAGGCAAAGUAGUAAAGGGAGGAGGCAUAAACUUUUCACCCCUCCAAAACUCUCCAGUGUAUCCAUUGGUACAUGCCAAAUCUACCAAGAAAAGUGACGCGGACGACAAUUCAGCCAGCAACUGUCAAGGAGAUUCAUUGGAAGAAAAUGCAGUUAAGGGCAAGAUUGUUGUCUGUGAGAGAACCGAUGGUUAUUCGGUGUAUGACAAGAGGGAUACAGUAAAGAGUUUGGGAGGACUAGGUGUUGUCAUUGUUGAUGAUGAAUCAAGGGCAGUGGCAGAAAAUUACAAAUCAUUUCCAGCCACUGUGAUCAGUUCAAAGGACGCUGCAGAUAUCCUCUCCUAUAUGAACUCAACCAGCAACCCGGUUGCAACAAUUUUACCAACUGCGACAAUGACGGAUUAUAAGCCAGCACCCGCGGUGGCAUAUUUCUCAUCCAGAGGGCCUUCAUACGUUUCACCAAACAUUCUCAAGCCCGAUAUUGCAGCACCUGGUGUGAACAUUCUUGCGGCAUGGAUUGGCAACAGCGCGGAAGAUGCUAAUGAAGGCAAAGAACCUUCACUUUUCAAUGUGAUUUCAGGGACUUCCAUGGCGUGUCCACAUGUUUCUGGUGUAGUCGCGACCGUCAAAUCUGAACACUCCGAAUGGAGCCCCUCAGCAAUCAAAUCAGCAAUCAUGACAACAGCAAGCCAAACAAACAAUUUGAAAGCACCAAUUACAACAGAGUCGGGUUCUGCAGCCACAGCCUAUGACUAUGGAGCAGGGGAGAUAACGACAGAGGGGCCAUUACAGCCUGGGUUGGUUUAUGAAACCACUGUCAUUGACUACUUGAACUUCCUCUGCUACAUUGGGUUCAAUACAUCCAAGAUUAAAGUCAUCUCAAGAACUGUUCCUAGUGGUUUUGCAUGCCCUGAUAACCCAAGCUCCGAGGAGAUAUCAAAUAUCAACUACCCAUCAAUAGCAAUCUCCAACUUCAUGGGGACAACAAGCAGGAAUAUAAGCAGGACUGUCACAUAUGUCGGGGGAGAUGGUGAAACGGUAUUCACUGCCACAGUGGAAGCACCAAGUGGCUUAGACGUCAAAGUGAUACCAGACAAGCUACGAUUCACAAAAAACAAUCAAAAGCUGAGCUAUCAAGCAAUUUUCUCUCGUUCAAGCAAGUCGAAUAAAGCCUCAUUUGGGACGAUUCUGUGGACAAAUGGCAAAUACAAAGUCCACAUUCCUUUUGUUCUAAACAAUGAAAGCUAGAUACAGCACAAAUAAAGAGUCUGUACUAUUGUUAGACCACCAAAUAAUUAAUGUAGUUGGU